AUGAUAUCACGACUUUAUAAAAAAGCCCUAAUAUUUGACGCAUUCCCGAAAGUUGAUUCAGGUUAUCAACAGAAAACAGCACAAGGUGGCCUAGUAACAACUAUCGUCUCGAUAUGCUUAUGGUUUUUGAUAUUAAGCGAGUGUCGAGAGUAUUUGCAGGUCUCUCAGAGCUUUGAGUUCUUUGUUGAUCAGAGUAUAAAUCGUCAGUUGCAGAUUAAUGUGGAUAUUACGGUGAAUACUCGGUAUUUGACGGUUGAUUUAUUGGAUAUGGCGGGUGAACGAAUGCAUGUUGCUAAUGAAUUAAAACGAGUUCCGACAAAAUUCGAAGUUAGAACAGCACAUCAUGUUGGCGAAGUAAUCGACAGGCCCUUAAAUGUUCACCAGAUGGUAAAAGACGCGGCAUACAACACAGAUGCGUUUUCACCUGAUCGGGGAGCUGAAAGUGAUACCUCUGCAUGUAGAAUUUUUGGAACAUUUGAAGUGAACAAAGUUCUUGGGAAUCUAUAUAUUACCGCGUAUGGACACGGGUAUGGAUUUGGCUUAGUUCAUAUCGAUCAUGAUUUAAUGAACUUCACACAUCGAAUUGAUAAAUUCUCUUUUGGAACACAUUAUCCACGGUUAGUCAAUCCGUUAGACAAUAGUAUAGAAAUUUCUGAAGCACACUCUGAGAUUUUUUCGUAUUAUAUGUCAGUGGUGCCAACCACAUACAUCGACAAAAACAAUCGAGUCUUAUACACGAAUCAAUACUCGGUGACGGAUUACAUGCAUGAUGCGGAGAAAGCGCAAGCAGGAGUUCCGGGAAUUUUUUUCAGAUACGAAAUUGAACCAAUAUCGGUACGGAUAACAGAGACAUACACAAGUUUCUCACGAUUUCUGGUGAGAUUGUGUGGAAUCGUGGGUGGAAUCUGGGUCACAACUGGUUUCGUGUUUAGAAUUGUGGAUGGGUUUUGGCGGAACGUGAUGAUUAAUAAUAAUAAAAAUGAUAUUGAUAGCUUUGGCAAGUACAAUUAA